AACUUUUUGAAAGAUCUGCUUCAGAAGGCUAACAAACCAUAUGAUGAAAAGAAGCUAGAUGAGUAUACACAUACCACACUCAAAAUAUUCGACUCAAACCAUGAUGGGAAGUUGUGUUUGGCUGAAAUGGCGAGGCUGCUACCGGAUGAGGAGAACUUUCUACUCAAGUUUCAGAAUGUGAAGCUGGUGAGAAGAGAGUUCAACAAGAUCUUUGAGUUAUACGAUCAGGAUGAGAAUGGCUACAUGGAUGAGAAUGAGCUGGAUGCCCUCCUCAAAGACUUGUGUGAGAAGAACAAGAAGGUGCUGGAAGUCAGCAAAAUCCCCACAUAUAAGACGGCCAUUAUGGCGCUAUCAGACGGGGGCAAGCUGUACAGGACGGAGCUAGCGCUUGUGCUCUGUGCUGAGGACAUUUCAGCCCCUGCCCCCUUAUAAACCAUUCUCCUUUCCCCCUAACCACACCCCCUCCAUCCCCUUCCAACCCGCCUCCCUUCCCCUCACUCGUGACGUAUGUAAAGAUAAUGUAGCUUGGAACUCCAAGGAUGUAGGGUGUAUUUUUGUUUCCGUUUUCUUUCAAGAAAUCUGUCAAUUUGCCAGCGACAGUGUGUGCGUAGCUAGGGCACAUUAUCAAAGACAUAGGGUGGCACAUACUUUUCAAACCUGUUGUUUCUAUACUGUUUGUAAAUGUACAGAUUUUUGUAACAAUGAGAUUGAUACCACCAUUGAAAGUCCCUGUACUUUGUCCUCUCUAUGCUAUAUACUCCAAGACUGUAGCCUCUCAUUGGCUGAAAGAGAGGGUGUGUCCCCUACUGACCAAUGACAACAAUGUUUACCGUAUUGUCAAUUAAUAGCUCUGCACCAAGUAGUCCAACUACUAGUAACAAUAACUUAUUCUAUUAGAAUUAUAUCCCUCCAGUAGCCUAAGCAAUAUGUUACUAAAAUGUUUCUGUAAUGUGGUGCAUGGAAACGAAAAAUAAGGAAAUAGCGGAAGAACAGUUCCGUGAUGAGACAAUUUUAAGCUAUAUAUCGUUUUGCAGUGCAUGUUAGUUGCUGAAAGCUAGCUUUGUGGAGGUACUACUGAAUGGACAAGCACAUAUCUCGGAGCUGUGUAGCCUAACCCCCGUGACCCCUGACCUGCCCUGUGUAUAACGAUGGUGCCAGUCUCUGAUGUGCUACAUGGACCUUUUUUUGCACUGUAAACAAUGCCAUGCCCCACCAAGCUGGGCACCAGAAACACUGUGUAAGAUGUAAUAAAAACUCAAUUCAACAACUA